AUGUUGGCAAACGGUAGAGCCUUAACAGAACUUUGUUCAGAUACAUCAUAUGAGUGUCGUAUAGAGGGAACUCUCUUCAUUCUAUUGGAAGAUCGAUGGAGACCUGCGUACGGAAUCCUCAAAGCGAACCUUUUAUUUAUAUUCAAUCGUGUCGAAGAUGUCGGUGUUGAAGCACCAUUUAUAUUGUUGAUCAUCGAAGAUUGUUAUAUGGAACUGUGUGAUGACAACGAAACUGGACGAUCCUAUUCAUUUCAAAUCAAAUUCAAAACAACCGGUCGUAAUUUCACGAUGGCAACUGAGAAUUUCAAAGCGUUGGAGAAGUGGAUAUCUACAUUGACAGUCUCAUCGAUAGACUAUAUCAAAUUAACGAAACAGUCGUUUCAAGAUCAGAUGAAUGAUACGUUUACGAUGAAACGCGAUUCAUCCCAAGCAGCCGAUGCUCAAAUCAGUUGA